GAGAGGCAUUCGGUAGUUACCCGUAAACAACAUGGAGGGGAGUAAGUCAUGUGGAAACUUUUAUUGCCCAUUAUUAGUGAUGUUAUCAAACUUAAAGAAUAAGUCAUAACGUACUCUGAAAUGAAACAUUUAAAAUGUAAUUAUAGUAUCAAAGGUCACUGACAAAAUUGGCCUGUCGAGGAGUAAAUAACUGAAAAAUGAAGAAUUCUUGCAACUGGUCAAAAGAGGAUUAUUUCCCAGCAUUAAUACAUGCAGAUAAAAGAUCUCAUCAAUCUUUGGAAUUUUUUGUUGAUGAUCUCCAUGCCGAAAAAGAGGCUACAAUAACAACAUUUCUAAGCCAUUCUGGUGCAGAGGAUUUUUUGUGGGGUCUUGCAAAACUACUUGGCAGUGAGAGUCCAAGAGUUGCUGGAAAUGCAGCCUACAUUAUUGGAACUUUGGCUGAAUCUGAGCUGGGAUGCUACAGAAUUUUGGGUCUAUCCAAAAGUCCUCAUGCCGAAAGUAGAAGAAUAUUACCUGACCUGACAAAUAUGUUAGGCUUUGAUGAUUCUGAGAGUGUGAUGAAUGCUGCUGGAACUAUGGGAACUUUGGCUGAGAGUCAUGAAGGGAGAGAAUGGAUACUAAGUGAGCCGUGCCUUAAUGAUUUGCUAAAUAAGGUGACGUUUCUCUUACAUGCUGACAACAUGUGGACAGCCAGCAAUGCUGCUCUGGUUUUAGCUAGAUUAAGUAUAUCUGAAAAUGGAUGCCUAAGUGUUCUUAAACAUGAAAAUUCACAACAAAUUUUGUCAAAGAUAGUACAGUCACUGGGUGUUGAUGAAGCAGGGAGAGGUAUGAAUGCAGCAUUUGCUAUUGGAAGGCUUUGUGAUAUGGAGGAAGGAAGAAAAAGACUACUGCAACUGGUUGAGUCAGAGAGAAUGAUAUCUGCCUUAGCAAAGAUGUUAUGUUGUGAAGACACUGGUGCUAGUAAAAAUGCAUGUUUUGCAUUGAGCUGUCUUGCCACAAAUCCAGAGGGCCAUACAAGAAUCCUUAAUAACCUCCAUUCUGAUGAUGUCAUUAAUACUCUAACCAAUCUGUUAAAUGCAGACGACAGUGAAACUGGCUGGUUUGCAGCCAUGACACUAAGAACACUUGCUAGUCAACCUCGAGGCUGUCUGAGGCUUAGAGAACAUUCUAAAGUUAUUCCUUCAUUAAAGGUUGUGUCAUUAAAAGAAGAUAUAAAUGCAGAUCUUAAAGAAGAAGCCUGUAUUACAUUAGAAAUAUUAAAGAAAUUAGAAAAACCUUUACCUCCUAAUGUGGAAGUGGUUGGUUCAAAUAUGGUGAAGUGUUCAUGGGAUCCUAUCUCUACAAAGAGUGGAUUUCCUGUAAGGUACCAGAUUUUUGAUGGUACAAAAUGUGUCUAUACGGGUAAAGAAACACAUUGUGAUGUAACUGGUUUGCAUCCAUGCCAACAAUACUCAUAUAAAUUACGGGCAUACACAGAAGGAGACGAGAGUCCUUUUAGUGACCCUGUUCCUAUAGUAACUGAAGAAGCUGUACCUACAGCACCUCAGAAUAUAAGGAUUGUAGGAUACACUAUAUCACAGUUAAAGGUUGGAUGGGAUCCUCCAGAUCAGAUAAAUGGUACAAUUAAAGGUUACCAUGUAUAUUUAGGAGAAAAGAUGCAUGAACAUACAACAGAACUGCAAUGUAUUAUUUCUGGUUUACAACCCAGUACAUCAUAUGAAAUAUCGAUAAGUGCUUCAACUUCCAAGGGUAAGGGAGAGAAAGCCCACAUUACUGGGUCUACAUCAGAUUUAGGUGCUCAUGCCCCUUCAAAACCUCAUGUUCAGGUGAUAGGAAGAAAUGAACUUCAUAUUACAUGGGAACCACCUGAACAACCGCUGGGGAAAAUUAAUCGGUACGACUUAUCCAUGAAUAAUAAAGUGUUGUAUUCUGGGACAGACCAUGCCUUCACUGCCAGAAGACUUACGCCUGAUACAGAAUAUAAUGUUGUGGUAACUUGUCUUACAAAUGAAGGGAAAUUUGAAAGUAAACCAACAAAGAAAAGGACAGCCAAGGAUGAAUAUGAUUCCGAUAGACCCCCUCUGUAUCAACCUCCAUCUGAAAGGAAGGAUAGUAUUAGUGCUGACAAACCACAACCAAUACUGGGAAAGAAAAAAACUAGUCUUCUUGAUAAGAAAAGAGUUUCAAGUGCUAAACAGCCAUCAUAUAAAGAAAGAAGUAGAACACCUGGCGAUGCAUCAUCCAUUGGUAACCGUCCAACUUCAGCAAAAAGUGAAACAUCCUCAGCAUUGCAAGAUAAACAGUCAAUAGGUGAACAGCAUGAAAACCCACUGAGAGACCAAAUAAGAGUUAUUACUCCUAAGAAAAGUGAUUCAAGACCAAAUUCUCGAAAGCUUAACGGAAUGUAUUCACCAGCAUUUAGAGAUCAAAAGCAUCAUCAACAAAAACAAAAUUAUCCGAAAACGGACAAGAAUUCAAUGAUGAAAUUUACAGUACCAUUAAGUCGUGUUUCAAUGCAGGACGACCCAGAUAAAACUUCGGAAGUUGUUCAUGAAAGUAUUAAACGUGGUUUAUCAUUUGUUGAACAAAGUAAUAGUAAUUCAAUUAAAGUUGAAAGGUCAAGGACGUUUGUAAAUAGUGGUAGAUAUAGGACUAGAGGUCAGAAAAUUGAAGCUAUGCUAGGUAAUAGUACAAAAAUUAACCCAGAUUUAAUACCUACGGCAGUAUCGGUUGAAAAAUUUAGUGUUCAUCAAAUUCCACCUAAUGCUAAUGUAGGAUCAACAAAAGAUUCUUAUAAACCAAUUCUUAAUGAUCUGCCUCCUACAAAGCAUAAACACCACAAUAACGGGGAUGUAAGAACAUGUGAUAAACAUCCAGAAAAAGUUCAAAGUUCAAAUGAAAGAUUACGAAAUUCAAUGGAAAGACAUCAUAGUACUUUAGAUAAUGUUAGGACCUCAUCGGACAGAGUGCAUAGUUCCUCUACAAGGACACAAGAUAAAAUGAGAAACUCACAGGAAAUGAAACCAUUACCUAAACCUAAACCUCCUAGUCAACAAUAUCUUAAAGAAUCAGUUUCAAACACUCCUCUUGGUUCACGAUCUCUACCUAGUCCAAGAACCUCAAAAGAAUUUGCUAGAGAAUUUGACCACCACGAUCCAGAAUGGCUGACAAGACGCUUCUUAGAUAUUCCUACUCGGAUCCCAAAGAAUUUUUUGUCCCCAUCGGGACACGCUAGUGACAGUUCUUACUUCCUGGAUAUGCAGGAAGCAUUUAUCCAGCGGCAAAAUACUUAUGUAAAUUCCCACAGACCUCUUAAUAAGAAAUCCAUGGAAAGGUUAGGAUCAAAGAGUACAACUAGUUCCUCCAUUCCAUUAGUACCGAAUGCUACCUUUGGUUUAGACCUACCAGAUAACAAGACCCCACAGGCUGAAUGGAACAGUAAAUUCAUACCAAUGCAGUUACGAACUCAACCAGCAAACCUCGGAAUGAACCAGUUACAGAGGAUGAAUACGAUAAUAGCUGAUCAUAGAGGAGGAUACCCAAUUGACCAGAAGAAUCGUGUACAGUUCAAGCGUGUAGAAGCCUUGGCCAGAAGUCAUACCACUUUGGAUAUGAAACCUCCAGGUACUCCUACCUUGGCAGAUCAAUUGGACCAAUUUCCUAUAAAAUCAGCUAAAGAAACAAGCAGAAGUGCGGCAGGACAUAAAUCCAAAAGAACUCAAAACAAAUUAGUUAAUUCUACUGUUCAGCGUGGGGAACCAGAUUCACUGCUGUUACAACAAUCUUGGGCAGUUAAUACAUCUCUUGCCAGUGCAAGGUGACCAGUCUAGAUUCCAGGAAAUAUUCCUGAAUAAAUGAAGAGACAAAUUUUGUGGAUUUUGAAAAAUAAUGGUUGGAUAAUUAAGAAUUUUACAUGGAAAAGUCUUAAUUUUGUUAUACCAGCAUAAAUGUCACAUGUUGUAGGGAGAUAUUUUAUGUCAUAAGGGAUUUGAUUUUUCUUUUCUUAAACAAUAUUUUCCUACUUUUGGUAACUAGUUUAUCAAUAUUUUAGAAGUUUGAACAGAUAAACUUAAACAUAAAAAUUAAAAAAAAUAGUAUUCUUUUGUGGCUUUUUAACAAAGAGGGGAAAUUUUACUUUUGAAAAAGUAUUUUUUAUAUAUAUAAUAACUAUUAUUGUUAGUUAUGCACAUACAGAAGAAAUGGUGCUGGACUCUAGUGCCUUAGUCACACUUUUGUCGUUUUUCUUCAGUAUUCUUUAAAACCUUUACAAGAUUAUUGAUAUUCAGGAAAAAUAGAAAAUAUGACAUUACAUAUGAAUAAUUGUUGUACUAAAUUUAUUAUUCAAUUGCCAGGCUGAGCUGCUGAUUAUGAACUUCUACAAGCAGUAAUGAAAAAUAAAAAAUGGUCAAUUCCACUAUUUUUUACGGUAAAGAGCACACUAAUUUCUAACAAAUUCUUGAAUCAAUUUAGGAAUUUUGACUUAUUGAUAUUAUUAUGAAGUUUUAUUCAAAGAUGCACAAUUUACUGAUUCAAGUGUCUUACUUCAGUACACAUUUAUAUUUUCAUUAGAGAAAUUUCAUGAGUCUGUCCGACAAUAAAUGAUAGCAGUUAUUUGUUAAGAUUCUAGAUUUUCUACAGACAAAUAUCCUAUUUAUAGUUGUAUAAUGAUGUUUUUCUAUGUUUUUGCAAUAAACAAAACAAUUCUUUACUUUAAUUUGAAAAAAAAUCCUAAUUUGUUGACAUUAAAAACACAGCUUUAUUUGAUGAAGAGUGUAAACACAAAUAAAUGUUGAUAUUUGACAUUCUUACCUUUUAAAAAGGUAUAGGUCUUAUAAAAAGGAGUUGAAUGGUUUCUAAUUCAACAAUUAUAGCAAUGAAAAUGGAGAGUAUGUUUGACUUAAGUAUGUUAAAAGUUUUGCAAUAUUAAUGUGAAAAAUCCUCUUAUUAUCAUGAUAUGAAUUCAAAGUAUUCAUAAAAAUGUUUCUGCAAUAAAUAGAAUUUAUUGAAAGUGAUUGAAGGUAUUUACUUGUAUUCUUGUCCUUUAUGUGUUCCUUCUUCUAUCCCUCAUGGUGCUCAUUGCAAAGCAUUCAUUUAAGAGAAUAAUCAUCAAGGAAUUACAAUGUUGUCAUAGUGUAUCUAUGAGUUAACUUUACAAAGAUUAGGAGGAAUAAAGAGAAAGUUAUCUUUACUGGUCUAUAUUAACAUCUCAAUUAAAUGCUAAUUCUGCCAUUGAUUGUCCAUGAUCUUCAAGCAGUCAAGGUUUUUAUGCCCCACCUACAAUAAUAGAGGGGCAUUAUGUUUUCUGGUCUGGGCGUCCAUUUGUCCGUCUGUCUGUUCGUCCGUCCGUCUGUUUGUUCAUCCGUCUGUCCCGCUUGAGGUUAAAGUAUUUGGUCAAUGUAGUUUUUGAUGAAGCUGAAGUCUUGAACUUGAAACUUAGUACACAUGUUGCUUAUGACAUGAUCUUUCUAAUUUUAAUGCCAAAUUAAAUUAUUUACCCAAUUUCACGGUCCAUUGAACAUGGAAAAUGAUAGUGCGAGUGGGGCAUCCGUGUACUUUGGACACAUUCUUGUUUAUACAUAUUAUGGAUCAAUUGAAAAUUCUAUGUACAUUUCUUUCCUUCUAAAAAAAACCUUUUAUCCAAUAGUUCCUUAAAAGCUGUAUUUUGUCAACUGUCAUAAUAUAGACUAAUUUAAAAAUUUAGCAAUAUUUAUGAAUUGUUGUUUUUUUAUUAAUUGUUAUUACUAGUGCACAUGUGUUUUUCAUAUUUUGUGAUGAAAUGUUUUGUUCAGUGUUGAUAUGAUAAUGAUACAUUUACGGAACAUUUUACUUAAAUAUUAAUUAUAUCUUGUAUAUUUCUUUGUUAUUGACUUGAAUAGUGCAUUUUAUUUUCAUAAUUGUAUUUAAAUUUGUAUUAUAUUUUAUCAUCAAUUUUAUAGUUGUUUCAUUUUUUUUAGAAAUUUGUGCUAUUUUAUAUGUAAAAACAUAUUUACAAAUACAUCAGAUUAAAUAGCUUUGAGGAAGAAAUGCAUACUAAUAUAUUUCCAAAACUUUACAAGAAACUUUUUGUGUGUAGAUAGAAGAAAGAGCAUUGCCUAUUAGACAGCCAUCAACCUAUGAGUAAAACUUCUGCAAAUAAACAUCUUCAUGAGAGAUGACAACAAACAAUGAAAUUUCAAAAUGUGAAAUAAAUAAAUCUGUCACUAAAAGAAUAAUUUAUGUCAAUAGAAUUGAGUGAAAUGCAAAAUAUAAGAAGACUUUAAGCAAUAGUGAGGGGAAUAGGACCUUAAUCAGGACUCCGGGAUUGGGUGUUUUUAAGCCCUGGAUUUUAGGAUUGACCCUUUCGGGAUCCGGGAUUUUUUUUUUCGAAUUUUGGGAGUUCUGGAUUUCAUAUUUUUUAAGCCCAGGAUUUCAGGAUUUCAUGUUUUUAAGCUCGUGAUUUUGGGAUCAGGACCCCUCCUACCCUCCCUCAAUAGUUACAGGCUGAUGACAGGUAUAAUAGUAAGGGCGUGUGUGUUAGGCUCAUGACUAGACCAACAGCAUGUGUUUUAGACUGUUUGUGUUUGUUGUGUAUUCAAUUGGUUGUAUUCCUUUUCAGGAGUUUCUUGAUAGCAUUACAAGGAACUCUUGCAUGAAAAAUUCCAAAUGGUCAAGUUCAAAUCAUCCUUUAACAAAAUUUUACAAACUAUUUUUUGAAAAUUGUUAAAAAGAAAGUCAUUACUUCUUGUUCAUGGUUCUGUUUAAUCUGAUGUAUACAUAAAAUGUUUUGUAGACACCUCACUGAUUGUAGCUGCACAAUAAAAAUAAAAUUCAAUCUAAACAGUUAA